CUAAAUUUACAAUGGCUAAGAAGGACGUCGCCGGUAAGCCCAGUUCCUCAUCUGGAGGUAAGAAGGCCAAGAAGAAGUGGUCUGCCAAGAAGGUCAAGGAUAAGUCCAACAACAUUGUCAUUCUCGAUAAGCCCACCUAUGACCGUUUGUUCAAGGAAGUCCCCACCUACAAGCUCAUCUCUCAAUCCGUCCUCGUUGAUCGUCUCAAGUUGAACGGUUCUUUAGCUCGUGUCGCUAUCCGUGAACUCGAAGCUCAAGGUUUGAUCAAGGCUAUCUCUCGUCAUCACGCUCAAGUCAUCUACACUAGAGCUACUGGUGAUGAGCCCAAGAAGGCCGCUCCUGUUGUUGCUGAAGAGUAAAUCCCCCCCCCCCCCUUUUUUUUUUAUCAUUAAAAAUCUCCUCCUACCCUUUUUUUAUUAAAAAAAUUAUACAAUUCCAUAUAUCCAUUUCAGUAC